UGAAAUGGCUAAGACGAACCAAGACCUCUCUCGAUAGAUUUUAGCUCCAGUUGUGCCUUGUAACGAAAAUGUCUCGACAAAAUGCCAGCGAAGGUUUCCGUCAGAAGGUGAAGCAGUUCUUUGGCGUGAGAAAAGGCCAUGCCAUCCCAAGUAGCGUUUAUGAAGGUCCAAAAGCUGACGAUCAAGUCUUCCACCAAGAAUUGCUGCAGGAUAUUGGCAAGAACAGUCCUUUAUCAAACCGUAUGAAGUAUUUAAGGGAUCUGUGUGACUUUCUGAUCAAUAAACGGGUGGAAGAUCAUGCUAUUGAAGCAGCUUGGGAUGCAGUCAAGGACCUUCUCAAUCCAAGCAACCCUAUGGAGGCAAGACAUCUGACUCUUCAGUUUCUCACGGUGAUGAUAUCUGGACAGUUCGGCAGAAUUGGUAUUUUAAGGGCUCAUUUCUUCUCCGUAGUGGUGAAUCACAAGAUUCCUGAGGAUAUCACACCCAGGUUGGAAUUACUACAAGCAUUGAGUGAUAAUGGAAAAGAUAUUUCAUACUUUGAGGAAAGGACUGGUCCUUUUCUGUUAUCUUGGAUGCCAGAAGUGAUGCAAAAUGGCAGAAUGAAUGUUUUCAUGCCUCUUCUUAUCAAUGUAAUUCACUACAACUCAAGUUUUCUUGAUGAGGACAUUGUUUCUGGCAUUGUCAGGGAAACCUGUCAUCUGUCAAGAACAACUAAAGAGGAAGGAGAAGUUGAGUUGUGCCUGUGUCUGUUGGAUGCUGUGGUCCGUUACAGUUGUCUGCCAUCCAAUACAUUGUUUGAGUUCAUAGCCACAGCCUGCAGGGCUGUGAAUAUUGAGAAGUUUUGUCAGCGUAGUUGGAAGAUAAUGAGAAAUUUGCUGGGAACUCAUCUUGGUCACAGUGGAGUGUACACCAUGUGUAAUGUUUUGGAAGACAGUGAUAACAGGAGCGAUGCCAUGCUAUUGAGAGGCUCCGUGUUCUUCAUUGGAAUGUGUCUGUGGGGGUCACAGAGAGUGCCAAACCUCAAGUACUCCAGUUCUACUGUUUUACCUUCCAUGCUGCAGGCUUUGUCCUGCCAUCUCAGCUUGGUGGCCUUGGAAGUGACCCUCUCUCUACAAAGACUUGUUAAGAAGUAUGGUCAAGAACUUCAUGUCGUGGCCUGGGAUGCGGUGUUAGAUAUCAUUGAAGCUGUGCAACAAGAGAUCAAGGAAAUUAGCCCGAGCGAAAAUACCUUGAUUGAGAACCUUCAUAUCCUGUUGUUCAGUAUAGAGGAUCUGUACGAGAGUGGAAAGUUUAAUGGACCAGAAGAAAGGUUCUUUGGUUUGGUAGAGAAGAGUCCUGGCUCGUUACCUGAUCGAUCUCUUCAAAUCUUGAUUUCAUACAAAGCUCAGUCAGUGCAUCCCGCUCAUGUAGGGUGGCUCGUGAAUCUUCACAAUCUUAUGGAAAAGUACUUCAGGUAUCCUGAUUACUGCUUGCAGUUUCUCUCCUUGAUGCAAAUGAGGCAGUUGUACUGA